AGUGCAGCAGCUGUAGUGAAACGGGCCUGCGAUACAGUACCUCUCCCCCGUGACCGUCGAAUAUCCCGAAUAUAGACGGGUGGCUCUUGUUGGUGAUGUCGGUGAGCACCUCGAACCGGUCCUCCAUGUGAUCCCUCCUGCCCUGUAUGGAGUACACUGCUACGUUGUUAUUCUUGAACGCCCACGUCUUGGAGAACUCCGCAUCCAGGACGCUGAGGCCUCCAAGGCGGUCGUUCUGCAUCAUCUCCGCCACUUUCCCCUUCACCAUCUUCACGGCAUCCCGGCUGGACUUGACGAUGGUUUUCACCUCGUCGGUGUGAAAGAAGUAGCUCCACAGCGCCAGACUGAUACAGAGAAGGAACAACGUCUCCGGCCUGAGAAGAAAAUAGCGCAUGAUCCGACCCAAAAGAGACAGGAGCGUCAUUGUGUCUCCUAUCAUCACACGCAACCGAACUGCAGUCUGACUACCCCCUCCUCUUUUGGCACGGUUCACUCCAUCCGCUUCGCGGAGCUGUGAAGAGAUCGAUUUACUAUCACGGUGACGGACAAAAACGGAAUUUAGGCUCUGAAAGCGCUCCUCCGUGGGCUGGUUUCUCCAGCGUCUCCCCAGCGCAUUCAAGCACUAAUCGAGUGGAGAACCAACAGGCCACUCUGUCGGUGACUGACCGAUGUCUUGGUCCUAUCCUCGGCCCCCCGAACAGCUGCAAGGGAGCUGAGCAGAUCUCCCACAUCCCAUCGCUGAACGGCCGAGUUUUUGGGUCAGACGCACAUCGGAGAGCGACAUUAGAGUCUCAGUGCUGUGACUUGGAGGUGUCCUCCUUUUCCGCCUUUGACCCCUUUUCUUAAGUGCCGAAGUUGGGCUACAUGAGCAAUAAAAAGGGGGGCUGUAAACACCAGCAGUCCCUGCUUGGUUGGGAUGGAGUGAAGAAUCAUCACAGUCUACAUAACCAGCAUGCCAUCCGCUGACCUCAUCCUGGUGACCACCGUCUUUAUGGCCUUCAUUAUUACGCUCACGUCUGGUGGCAAGACCACACACUGGCCCAAACCUCAGAACAUCGACAAGCCUCCUCAAACUGGGAUCAGUGCUUUAGGUGGGGGAGGAAGGCUCGGACAGAUUGCUACAAAAAACCCAUCUCCCUCCAGCAGCCUGCACACAGAAGAAAUAACUGGGUUUAUGACGGACGGAUACUCCCUGUCCCCAACAGACAGCAGCACCUUCAACAGUGAGGCUUACCCAACUGAGUACCUCGCUGAUGCAAUUCUCCCCCCUGGAAAGGCCCCUGGAAAUUACACAUUUGACUACAAUGAAUGCUUCUUCAAUGUUUGUGAGUGCUGCCCACCAGAGAAAGGUCCCAAAGGACCGACUGGUGAAAAGGGGUCGCCAGGGGAAAGGGGCCCUUCAGGGUUACCAGGACAAAAAGGAGAAAUUGGACCCCAGGGUUCUCCUGGACCAGCUGGGUUACCUGGGCUCAAUGGAUCAAAUGGCGAGAAAGGUGAAAAAGGAGAUCUAGGGCCAAACGGUUUACCGGGCUCCCCUGGAAUCCCAGGGAAACCUGGAGAGAAAGGUGAGUUGGGUCUCAAAGGAGAGAAAGGUGAAAAUGGGAUCAAUGGGCUGAAAGGAGACGCAGGAGAAAAAGGAGAGCCUGGUCACAAUGGAACUAUGGGCACCAUUGGACCUAUGGGUCCUCCAGGGACAGCUGGGACAAAGGGUCAGAAAGGUGAACAGGGACGUUUGGGAGAAUGUCUACUUGGUGAGAGAGGACAGAAAGGUGAUCUUGGUGAUCCUGGGCCUCCUGGUCCAAAAGGUGAGAUGGGUCCUCAAGGACCAAGUAGCAGUGAUGGUUCAAAAGGCGAAAUGGGGCCAGCAGGAGAGAAGGGAGACACUGGCGCAAGAGGGCCUCCAGGUGCAAGGGGAGUAGCAGGAAUGAGGGGGGAGAGGGGAGUUAAAGGUGCACGGGGCCCUCGGGGCCCAAAAGGCGAUCCAGGUGAGAGUUUGGAGCCGGUUCGUUCUGCUUUCAGUGUGGGUUUGUUCCCAAGUCGGUCCUUUCCUCCACCCGGACUGCCUGUGAAGUUUGAUAAGGUCUUUUACAAUGAGGAGGGUCACUGGGACCCGGCACUCAACAAGUUCAACGUCACACACUCGGGAGUCUACUUACUCACUUAUCACAUCACUGUGCGCAACCGGCCCCUGCGGGUUGCCUUGGUGGUUAAUGGGGUGCGGAAAGUGAGGACACGAGACUCCCUUUACGGCCAGGACAUCGACCAGGCUUCCAACCUUGUCCUGAUGCAGCUCAGCGAGGGAGAUCAGGUGUGGCUGGAGACCCUGAGAGACUGGAAUGGGAUUUACUCCAGCAGCGAGGACGAUAGCACCUUCUCUGGCUUCCUGAUUUACCCAGACUCAACUACAAAAGCAAGCGCUAUGAAAAAGACUUGA